AUCAGAAUUUUUUUCUGCAUUAUAUGUGCACAAUUCAUAUAAGUCCAUGGAAGAUUUACCUUAAAUUGCUUAUUUUUAAUUUUUUGCGACAUUUCGUGAAAAUCUCUAAAACUGCACACACUGUCUAGUGCUUGCUUUAGCUUCAUUUACAACUAAACGCAAAUUAUUCGUUUUUUUUCCUUUUUUGUAUGUGUCGCGUCUCUGUACACAAAUGAAAAAUGUUUUCCGUAGUUCAAACGCGUAAGGGAAGAAAAUUUAAACCGCAAUUAACUGUUGUGCCAACUACGUGGGUAGGCAAUAACUGUGUUUUCUGGCCACCAAAUUCGCUUGUCUCUUUAUCGAGAGAUGCUUCAUCCAGGCCAGGCCAGACAUGGAAUGCUGGCAAAGCAAAAAUUUUGGCAAGUGAAGAAACGUAUGAGGCGGCCGAAUCGAUGAUGACUGAAUUAGAAAAACUCACUGAUUCGGAGGAAGCGGAAGUAAUGGAAACCCGCUAUGCUUUACCCAAAAAGAAAGAUAAAUUUUCAACAAAAUGUUAUCAACUAAUUGAUGAGAUAUCUGAGUGUGAUAUUAAAAACUGUACUGUGUCGUCGGAAAUUCCAAAGUUAGACCCCACAUAUACUCUAGUCGCCAACACAUUAGAUUCAAUGCAAUCGAUAUCAUCUGCUCCAAUGGUUACUUCUUCGAGCACUGUUGUUGCCAAUCUCACUGGAACGAUCCCGGUAACGGAAGCUAAUAUUGAAGGUGGAGUACUGAGUAAUGGCCAUCAAAUGCCUUGCAAAACUGACGAUGAAAUGUGCACGUAUAUACAGCUGGAUGAUGGAAGAUCCCAUGAACGAAUUGGCAAAAAUUCAUACCCGGCUUAAUGCUAUACACGAAGAACUGAGUGCCGUUAAAGGCCUCAUCGGAAAAAUGUUUGAAUUUACGGCUAAUAUCGAAAAAUUUCUAAACAAAAUCAAUCCAUCCGCAGCAAUAGAAAACAUUCA